UCGCCGCUGAAUAAACCGACCCAUUGUUUUUUUUGGAGAGAAGCUUUGGGGUACCUAUCGCCGACUCGGAGCAGCACAUGUCACAGAACCUGUAAGAGAACAACUGGAAAUCAUUCCCGGGUUUUCUUCCCGAGCCCCCCGAUCUUCAUCCGCUUCUCCCCGAACUGCUCCCAAACUGCCACCGCACCCGGGGAAAAAAUGUCUUUUCGCUUCGAACCAGGCAUUAAACAUGCCAACAAUUACGAAGAAUUUUUAGCCGAAUUUACAGGAGGUAACAUGGCUGUCGUGAGAUGGAAGCACACACCGGACGACACGGACUUUGACGACGACGCCGCGUUCGACGCCGUUCGCGGGGCCAUCAUGUCGGAGAACAACGACCCGCAGAGGCUGCGCAAGGUCGCGGUCGAGAUUGCGGCCCUGCUGCCGGCGCAUCGGCCCUCUGACGACGUUUUGAAGUCGGUCUGGAAGUUGUUUGUGGGGUUGGCGCAGCAGACACCCUCGGGAAACAUUGCGAUGCUGGAUCUGGUGGUGAUUCUCGACCACCUCUCUUCGUCGCCUAGGACGACGGCCACGGUGACGACGGACGGCUUUGAGCAGUUGAGUCGCCUUCAUGGUCUAAACGAACUCCUGAGGGACUGCAUGACCACGCCUUUUGAAUCCACCAACAGGAUGGAUACCCUCACCCGCUGGAUCAACCUCAACGCCUUCGCCUCUCUUCUCUGGUCCUACAACCUGAUCGACGGCCGAGACUUUGCCAUCCAGCAGCUCCGGACCGCCUUCGAGGACCGGCGCUCAUCGGACGCCAGCGACCGGGACGGCGCCGACGCGCGGCUCAUGGCCGCGGCGCAGUGGGCCAUCCACUCGUGCCAGCGGCUGUAUCACCUCUCCGUGACAUCCGAGGCGACCUCGCCGUCCGACGGGCAGACGGCAGCGCCCGCGGGCCCACAGGCGGGAGCGGAGGAGGCGUCGAGUCGCCCCCGAGAAGGAUCCAGCGGUAGUGCCAAUGGGAAGACGACGAAAAAGAGUGACGAGAGGUGGAAGCCCGGGCCGCGGUUCAAGGGGCGCGCGGGGUUCUCGUUUCGGAGGUGGGAGUUUUGGCAGCAGGCGUUUGAGGAGGCGCACGAGUUUGGGGACAGCGGUAUCGAGACCAAGAUCGAGGCUGGUGCGGCGGCUGGGAUGAUGGAGAAGGUUCUGUAUGCCGGUUUUGAAGUGUAG